AUGUGUCCUCGCGUCCUUUGUCACACACGUGCAGUGCGUCCUCGCUGUUUUCACAUUGUUGUGUACAAAUUCAUCUAUAUAAUAUAAAUUGUCACGACUUCGUGUCAGGCAGUCAAUCUUUGCUAAAUUGCGUUAUAAGGAAAAUCAAUUUGACAGGCAGAGACAAGACUUGCGGCAGGAUAACGCUAAAAUAUGAGUGAUUCCGACGAUGACAGUUCCGACAGCAGCAACGAUUUCGCCGGUAUCACGCCGAAGGACGAGCUGACAGCGAGUUUCUUCUCGAUAAAACCGGCGACGAAGCCUAACCUCGUGGACUCGCGGAACAGCAGCGAGGACGAGAGCAGCGACGACGAAAAUUUCGCGAGCGUGCCCGAGAACAAUGGCAUCGAGCUGUUCUCCGAGGUGGUCAAGAAUCUGGAAGCCUCGCAGAGGAGGGCUUCUGUCAACGACGAGGAGCCCGAGCAGCACUCCUCCAGGAGCGACGGCGCACGGGUCGUAAAAGAAGUCAAAGCGGAAAAGAAGGAGAAUAUAUCGGACGAGAUAAACGCCGUCUUGCUCCAAGGGGAAAGCGGAACGCAUGCGUUUCGCGAGGAUAACGGAGACACGAGCAGCGACGAGAGGGAAGAGGAGGAUGUUAAACGUCCCGAGGAUUAUACCAUACCUAAGGAAGGGGUCAAGAUAACUUUGCCAGGCACGAACGUGGUUUUCAAAAAGAAGCCGGGCAGCAAGAAGGAGUCGGAUCUGGCUGCGCUUCUGCGAAGGAAAUUAAAAGCUAAUCAGAUUAUUAUAGAAAAAGCAGCUAGACUUUGUUGGUUGGCCUAUGGAUUUCACUUAAAUCGUCAAGCGAACGAUCCUGAGAUAAUGGCAACAGCGGUGUCGCUCGUCUCGACAAAAAAUUAUCCAAAGGAUAACUUCAAUUUGGAAUAUCUGGCAAAAUUCACGAAAUGGUUUAAAAAUGUAUUUACAAUAGAGUCUAGCGAUAAUCAAGUCAUUGUAGAUAAGGAGACAUUGUUAAAAAGGCUCGCGGAGAAGAAAAUUUACAAUUACAGAGAAUUGGUAAUAUUGUACGUGGCAAUACUGAGAGGUAUUGGCUUACAUUGUCGAUUAGUAGUGUCUCUCAAUCCACCGCUUGUAAAAGCUUCUAAUGAAUUACUGCCUAAAACAACGAAAAAAGAUGAUAAAAUUAAAGACGAAACAAAGGAAACAAAAACGAAAAGAGCGUCUUCUAAGAAAGAUAAGAAGAAUGUUGAGGAUAAGAAGAAGGACUCAAAGAAAGAUCUCAAAGAUAACAGUGUAGUGCAGAAUGACGAAAGUGCACGAAGAAACGCUAAUACGGAAGCGAAGAAAAGGGCGGCAGAGAUUCUUCGUUCAAAGUACUCGUACAGUAAGAAAAACAAAGACAAGUUAAAUAGCAAUACACCUGCGCAAGAUAAUGCUUCUACGUCCAAAAAUAUAGAAGCAGCUUCCACAAGCUCAAAAAAAACAGAGCCUGGUCCAUCUCCAAGGCGUUUACGAUCUAGUAGGCUACAUAAUACUGUAUCUACUUCAACCAAACAACAGAAGAGUACCAAGCUCUCAGAAGAUAAUCAAUCCAAGACAAGAAAUUCCAAGAGACAAUCGCGAAGUAGUAGUUCGAGUUCCGAGGACGACGACGAACCGCCUAGCAAAUCAAAAAAGAAAUGCAGUAAUACAAAUAAAACAACUGUUAAAUCUAAGGGAAAGAAUAAGAAAAAGGCUCAAACGUCGACAGAUGACGAAGAAACGGAUAACAAAUUGAAAAAGAGACAAGAUGUAUGGGCCGAGGUAUAUGUGGAAUCUAAAGCAAGCUGGAUAAGCAUAAAUGUUAUGGAUGGAAAUGUGGAUUGUGUGACUGAAAUAUAUAAAAAAACAACCAAGCCAGUAUUAUAUGUAAUAGCUUAUAAUUCCGAAAGAUUAAUAAAGGAUGUCACAAGACGUUACUGUCCGCAGUGGCUUUCCGUUACACGUAAGCAGCGUAUUGAUGAGAAAUGGUGGAUUGAGACUUUAACUUAUUGGCAGGAAAGAGAGACGGCUAUGUCUAAACAGGAAGAUGAAUUACUAUUGCAAAAGGAAUUGGAGCAACCAUUGCCUAAAACCGUCGGCGAGUGCAAAGGGCAUCCAUUAUACGUUCUCGUCAGGCAUUUGCUCAAAUACGAAGCUUUGUAUCCACCGGAUUGUGUACCAUUAGGACAUUUAAAAACGGGCGAAGCUAUUUAUUCGCGCUAUUGCGUGCACACGCUGUGUUCACGGGAGACCUGGCUAAAGAAAGCUCGGGUAGUUAAGCCGAAGCAGGAGCCUUACAAGAUAGUUAAAGCGCUUCCAAAAUAUGACAAGCUUUCAGGUAUGAGAAUUAAGGACUCUGCAUUGGAACUGUUCGGAGAAUGGCAGACUACCGACUACAUUCCCCCAGAGGCUAAGGAUGGUAUUGUACCCCGUAAUGAAUAUGGAAAUGUGGAUUUAUUUAAGAAAUGUAUGCUCCCGAAAGGCACGGUGCACAUAAUCCUUCCAGGAUUGAAUCGCAUCGCGCGGAAAUUGAACAUAGAUUGUGCGACUGCUGUAGUGGGUUUCAAUUUCGGUUGCAUGGGCGCUGUGCCAGCCAUUGAGGGCUACGUCGUGUGCGCCGAAUACGAAGACACAUUACGAGAAGCUUGGGAAACGGAACAAAUUGAAGCAGCCAAACGAGCUGCCGAGAAAGCGAGGAAAAAGGUCUAUACCAAUUGGAGAAAGCUUAUCAAAGGUUUACUCAUAAGGGAGAAACUGUUGAAAAAAUACGAAUUCAAGGAUGAAUCGAAGACGGACCAGUCGAACAAACGUCCAAAAUCACAAAAGGGUGCCGUGAAAAAGUCUAGAGCACAAUAAAAUAUGUAUAUAAUAUGUUAUUCUUUAUAUACACAUUAAUUUGGAAAUACAUAUUAUGUUGAAUUAAGCAUUAUUUGAAUUGAAUGCCAUAAAAACUUUUGAAGAAUUGACACUCAUUGUUAAAAUAGAUUUUUCAUAUAAUGUUCGAUAUGUAAUGUAUAAAGCUCCAUAUUUGAUAUUAUUUUGAUAUUUAUUCAUUCGUAUGAUUUGUACCGCUGUGAACAUUUUUGCAUAAAUUAAAUUAUUUUUAUAGCA